CAGUAUAUUAUUUAUUUGUUUGUUUGUUUGUUUAUUAAAAUUUAUUUUUGGUACCGAGGAUGGAACUCAGGACCUUGUGCUUGCAAGGCAGGCGGCAGAACCACUGAGCUAAAUCUCCAGCCCUUGGUAUAUUUUAUUUUUGACAAGGCACACAGACUAAUCAACUCAAAGCUUUUGCUUUGGACCAGAAUUACAGCAGAUCCAAACUACUAUGUUAAUUACUGACGGCUGCCAGAAGCUAGCUGGCUAAGUUUUGCGUCAGUGUGAAAUGAAAAACAACAGUAGCUCAAAAGCUAAACUGCCUAGGGCCCAGAAUGUUCCUAAGUAGUGAAAGCAUUGGGAAUGACUGAACCCUCAGUGUCUGGCAUGGACCAGGACGGAAUAUGUACCCUAAUUAUCUCCCCAUUCCCACUUCUACAGAUAGGGAACUAAGGCUCUGCCAAUGGCUGUACCUCCCGAGUUUCUGGACUCUUAAAUCCUGGCUGCUUCCCAACUUAGUGCUGCGCAGAGGUGAGCCAGACCUCAACCCCACCCUGCCCCACCGGGCCCGAGCCCACAGCGCCGCCCUUACGGUGGGGCGGCCCGAGGCCGAGGAGACCGGGUGGGGCCGGCGGUCGUUGAGCGUGCUCAGUCCUGCGCUCUGCUCCCGGCUGCAGCCCCGCUGCUCCGCCCCUGGAGCUGUUGGGAUUUGAAUCUCUGGCGGGCUGCAGCCGGAAGCGUCCAGGCCUUGGUUGGUCAGGCAAUGGCGAGCCCCGGCACUGGCGCGCGGUGCCCGCUGCUGGAGCAGCGUGCUCGUUGGGAGCGGAAACGCGCCUGCACUGCCCGGGAGCUGUUGGAGACUGAGCGGCGCUACCAGGAACAACUGGGGCUAGUGGACACGUACUUCUUGGGGAUCCUGAAAGCCAAGGGGACCCUGCCGCCUCCAGAGCGCCAGGCUCUGUUUGGGUGCUGGGAGCUCAUUUACGGCGCAAGCCUAGAACUGCUUCCCUACCUGGAAGGAGGACACUGGGGACAAGGGCUAGAAGGCUUUUGCCUCCACCUGGAGCUCUACACCCAAUUUGCUGCCAACGCAGAGAGGUCCCAGACCACCCUACGGGAGCAGCUAAAGAAAAACAAACGUUUCCGAAAGUUUGUGAAGCUUCAGGAAGGCCGCCCUCAGUUUGGAGGCCUUCAGCUACAGGACCUGCUCCUUCUGCCUCUGCAGCGGCUCCAUCAGUAUGAGAAUCUCGUCAUUGCUUUGGCUGAAAACACAGGUCCCAACAGCCCUGACCACCAGCAGCUCACACGGGCUGCCCGGCUGGUAAGUGAAACCGCCCAGAGAGUCCACACCAUUGAUCAGAAACAGAAGAAUGAUCAGCACCUUCGGCGUGUCCAGGCUUUGCUCAGUGGACGCCAGGCGAAGGGGCUUACCUCAGGACGCUGGUUCCUACGCCAGGGCUGGCUGUUGGUGGUGCCUCCCACUGGGGAGCCUCGGCCUCGUAUGUUUUUCCUCUUCUCUGAUGUGCUUCUCAUGGCCAAGCCCCGACCCUCAUUGCACCUGCUGAAGAGUGGCACCUUUGCCUGCAGGGCCCUCUACCCCAUGGCCCAGUGUCUACUCUGCAGGGUCUUUGGUCACUCAGGAGGUCCUUGUGGGGGAUUGCUCAGCCUGUCCUUCCCUCGUGAGAAGCUACUGCUUAUGUCCACAGACCAGGAAGAGCUGUCACACUGGUACCAGAGUCUGGCUUUGGCUAUCAGCCAGAAGAACUAGAAGAACCUUACAAAUUCCAGAAUUCAGGACACUUCAGGGAUAGGGCAGAGCCAGUACAGAUCUUCUAAAGCACUAAACAAAGUGAGACCUUUCCUAGCUUGACAAGGGUCAUUGUGUGUUUGCCAAACUACUCUGGGUCAUCAGACCAGCUCUUAAGAAUUAGGAAAUCAACUGUGACCCAAAUGACUAUAAAUAAUCUGGACCAGCCCCUGUGACACAGAUGAGGGGCUUUGGGACUCAUACGCUCAUGCUGUCUAUAACCAGUUGUUUAUCAAGAUUGCAACUUUGGAAUUGUGACUAUUUUUAUUUUUAUGUUGUGAUAUAAUUUAUUUUCCCACUGGAUUUUAAUAAAGUUUUUUUGGUUUUUGUUUUU